AUGCUUUCCUAAAUUAAGGUCUUAGAGUUUGCUGGAUUAGCUCCAACUGUAUUCAUAGGCAUGGUGCUAGCCGAUUAUGGAGCUCAAGUUACCUUGUUAUCAAGAUUAGAUUCUUAACCUUAAAACAGUCCCAUGAAUCGAGGUAAAAAGAGUAUGACAUUCGAUCUCAAAUGCAAACAAGACAUUGAUAUUGUUAAACAUAUGAUUAAAGAUAGCAAUGUUCUUAUUGAUCCUUAUCGUCCAGGAGUGUUGGAAAGACUAGGGUUAUCUUAUUAGGUUUGUUCAAAGAUCAAUCCUAAAUUAAUUUAUUGCAGAGUUACAGGUUUUGGUUAGAACAGUCCUUUAAAAGAAAAGGCUGGUCAUGAUAUCAAUUUUAUUUCUUACGGGGGAGUUCUUGGAUAUUGUUCUAGUACAGGAACUUAAAAAAGACCAGCUAUUCCUGGAAAUGUUGUAGGGGAUUUCGCAGCAGGAGGGAUGUUAGGAGUAGCCAGUAUUUUAGCAGCUUUAAUUAAUGUUUAAAAGGGUGGGGAUGGUUAAUAAAUUGAUUUGGGCAUGGCUUAAGGAUCUGCUUAUUUAAGUCAAUUUAUUUUACAUUAAAAAAAUGAAAAAUUAUGGUCUAAUGGAAUUGGGAAUAAUUUACUUGAUGGAGGAACUCAUUUCUAUAACAUUUAUUAAUGUAAGGAUGGAAAAUUUAUGAGUGUGGGAUGUUUGGAGGAAAAGUUUUAUUAAGAAUUUGUGAGAGGCUUAAUUGCAGGUGGACUCAGUUAAUAAAGAGGUUAAUUUGUAUUGGAAAAUCAAUUGAAUUAAACUGAAUGGGAGAAUUUGAAAUCAGAAAUAUCGAAAUUAUUUGAAAGUAAAACGAGGGAUGAGUGGGAGAAUAUUUUUGAUUAAUAUGAUGCUUGUGUAUCGCCUGUGGUAGAAUUGGAGGAAUAUGAAACUAAGAAUUAUUUAGGAGAAAAUGUUUUUAUUAAAAGGAAUGGGAAAAUUGAGGUUAAUGGAUAACCCAUAUUCUCAGAUUAUUAAUAUUAAAUUAAAGAUAUACCAAAAGUUGGCUAGCACAAUAAUGAAAAACCAAAGUUAUGA